AUGGUAGAAUAUGAUGAAUCUCUAGAUGUUGAUUCGAAUGAAGUUAGUUCAACUGAUAGUCAUACAUCUGAUGAUAAGGAUUCCAACUAUUCGGUAUCCAGUGGGCAUGAUAGGUCAGAUGAUGGCGAUGAUACUGGUGACCACCAUGAUGAUGAUGAUGGUGAUGAUGAUGGCAAUGACCAUGAUUUUGAUGAUGAAGCAUCUAUAGGUGAAAGAGCUGUACAUAUUAAUUCUAUGACUGCUGAUGAAAUUCGUGGUAUGGAUUUUGGUAGUUCUGACGAAGCUUAUGAAUUUUAUUAUCAAUACAGUAAAUGUAAAGGUUUUUCCGUUAGGAAAAGUGGUGAUAAGUUUCGUGUGAUAGACAAAGCCGAUAAGGGUAGAUUUGUAGUGUCUGUGUUUGAAGAGACUCAUAACCAUGAAUUAACAUCAGCUAGGUUUGUGCACUUACACCCGAUUUAUCGUAAAAUUAGUGAAGCAGAUAGAGUUCAGGUUGAUGGUAUGCAGUCACGUGGAAUUAGAACUUGUCAUAUUAUGGGGUACAUGGUUGCUCAGAAGGGUGGAUAUGGUGGUGUUGGGUUUACGAAGAAAGAUCUUUACAAUUAUUUUGAUAAAAAAAUGCGUGAUAUUGUUAAAGAUGGUGAUGUUGCCGCAUCGCUACAUUAUCUUAAUGCAAAGUCAGCUACUGAUCCCAUUCUCUAUGCUGAAUAUGCUGCUAACAGUAGUAAUGGACGGAUGAAGUCUCUUUUUUGGGCUGAUGGGACCAGUAGAUCUGACUACUUCUGUUUUGGAGAUGUGGUUGCAUUUGACACAACAUACAAGAAGAACAAAUACAACCUCCCAUUGGUUAUAUUUUCAGGUUGUAACCACCAUUCCCAAACAAUAAUUUUUGGCGCUGCGUUGGUAUCGGAUGAAACCACGGAGACGUAUAAGUGGGUGUUGAAUUGUUUUUUGGAGUGUAUGGAAAAUAAACACCCAAAAGCUGUGGUGACAGAUGGAGAUGGGGCUAUGAGGGAGGCUAUAAAAGAGGUUUCCCCGAUUCGACCCAUCGGUUAUGUGCCUGACAUUUGA